AUGGAAAAAGAAGUUGAGGAGGAAGAGGUGUUUGAAAUCGAUGACUUCACCGUUAUUACGGAAUUCGAACGUUUUGUUGUAGCCAUCGAGGCUCUAGUACAGGAAUGGGGACUUAUUGGUGCAAGACCACGAAAGAAAUAUCCAAAGGGUGCACUAAAAAUUUGUCAAUGGCAGUCGAAGUCUUCAUCUUUGAAUUUUGGUAAUUCGAACAAAUUGAAGGCUGCAUACUACUUUCCAGAUUUGCCAAGCGAUGUCAUCGAAGAAAUUCCUUGUUCUGAAAGCGAUGGCCAUUUGUCAGCAUUCUGUGCUGACAUUAUUGAUAUGGAGAAGGAUUUCAUUUACCACAGCAAUAUAACAACCAUGUUCGGUGUUUCCGAAUUCAUCGUUAUAUCCCCAGCUGAUCAAAUAGAUGACGCCAUCAUGACAGAAGAUCAAAAGAAUCUUGUUAUCAGCGCAUUUCGCGCUGCUCAGCAUAGCGUUAACUGUGAAGUUCCAAUGUUUAUCCAAUUUGGCCACAUUGAUAGACAACUUUUCUUUGGAACUUCUUGCAAUAAGUCAGUAGUUACCCAUUAUGAAAGCUCACAUCUUCGUCGCGCACAAACACGACACAAACACUUGAGUGGUUUGCUUGAUCUCUUCAAAGAACACGUCAAAUGUCCUAUCCUGCUUCUUGAUGCUGAAGACAUACGUAUAUCUGUACAAUUUGAUUACAAUAUAAAGUUCCCGUCGACCUCAUCAAAAUUUGCUGAUGAAUCAUGUGAAAUCCUUGAAUGCUACACAUUACCAUUUGGAAGCCAUGAUGAACCUAUAAGCGAGUUUAAUCUAAUUGCUUCUUGGCCGAAUAUGAGGGAGGAGAUGAUCAAUGAAAAUGAGGGAAGAUUUAUGCAGUUGCGGAUUAUUAAUCGGAUAUACCAAAGCGAUCUCGAUCUUCUUAGCGCAUUUAAUUGGGCAGCAUCAGUUCAGUUUCAAUUCACGGAAGGACUGUUGAAUUAUGCUCUAUCGCGUAUAAUUGAUCUCACUGAAUCAAAGGAAGCUUCACAAACGGCCUUUUCGCUUCUUGGAUUGAAAACUACUCCAAAACCAUUUGGACAGCUAACUGACGGUGGAAUUCAAAGUGUGAGAAUCGCCGGCGUCUCAAAUUUCUCCAUUACUAAUCCUGGUGGAUUAUCUCUCGACGAAGUAUUGAUGCCAAUUCCAAAAUCAAUUAUCAAGCGAUGUAUGGAUAAAAUAUUUAAUGUGGAAGACAAUGAUGAUGACAGUGACGAGGCUGUCACUCCUAGUCACUCGCUGUUGAGCACUCCAGGUUGUGCAGUAAGAAACAGUCCUGAACCUCUUCUCCAAACUUACCAAGAAUCAAGAAACGUUGACUCACAUUUCAACCAAACAAGUGAAAGCAACUAUUUGGAUAUAAAUGCGAUUCUUCGACAAAACAAAUGGACACCGCAGGAUUCGUUGACACAUCGCUUUGCUUUGGCUUUCACCAACGGAUGUUUGGAUCAAGUUUUUGGUCUGUAUGCCUUUGCUCAGAUCUGGUAUGAGUUUGUAAAAAGACUUCGAACUUACUAUGACGGCACCAAAGAUUUUCCAGGUAUGAGUGAGGUUACGGUACCAAAUCUGUCGCAUUGCCUUCUGCAGCAGAAAAUCGAGAUGCUUCAAUGUUGUAUCGCUGCUAAAAGAAAGCGUCAUGAAUUGUAUGACAGUACGAAGGAUUUUGGUGCAGAUGAUUUCUUCGAUGCACAUUCAAAUCAGUCAGAUGAUGAUUUAUCCGAUAGUGAAAGUAAGAGAUCUGGCCGGAAGGGAAAUGGCAAUGUGCAAGCAACAAUGGAACCGUCUGGUCGCCUCCAACCGUUUGGAGAAAUGCGAUUGCUAAAACACAGCGACACUUUACUUUAUGUUCCAAUUACCCAGGAUCGCAGUCCUAUGACUGAAGAUAUGGUCGAAGAGUAUGCACAAUAUCUGUCAUCGCUGGAUGAUGGAGAUGCAAGAGUUCAAGCCCAACUGGACGUGCUCUGCAGUGAUAUGCAGGCGUUUAAGGCAGCUAAUCCCAAAUGUUGUUUGGAGGAUUUCAUCAGAUGGCACUCACCGAAGGAUUGGAUCGAAGAGGAACAGUGUAUGUCGGAGCGUAUGCAACUUCCGGACAAUACCUGGGUUAAAUGCUGGAAUGAGGCGAUGCCUAUACCUGUGAUAAAUCAGGCUCGCUUAUUCAAUGAAUCAAAAAUUGCAGAAGAAAUUUUGUCUUUUCUGGAAAACGCUACUGUGCAUCAAAUGGUGGAUUUGUUGAAACCAGUUAUCUUCUCCUCUGCAGUUGUGCAAGUUGUUGAAAAAGCCAGAUGUAUAGGGAAUUUGUUGAAUGGAGAGUAUCUAGCUAGAGUUGUGCAUCGCGCUAACAGAAGUGGGCUAAGGGAUGACUAUGUGGAGGCAUUAAAACAGCUUAAAUCAGCUGAACUUCUUCUUAUCCAAUAUUCCAGUUUGUUUAAUAAGCUUACCAUUCAAGAGACUAAUGAUUCUGUGAUAGAACAACCUAGUGCUGAAAUUUUGUACAAAUUUAUAGUUGCUCUUGUAGAAGAUGCCAAAUCCAAAAGAGAAGCUAUUGACUGCAAUGUAAUUUCUCGUGGCGUUCCUAUUUUUGGUGCUUCCAACGGUCCUCUCGGAAAUUCCGUGCGAAGAAUGCUAGAAAGACAAGAUGUGACCAACGGCCGUUUACCUGAUCCAACAAGGAAGCAAUACACAAUCAGAUGGAGUGUGCCACGUCCAACAGCAAACAGCAGAGUAGUUCCUCAACGGCUAUUCGCGUCAGUUGAGGAGGAAGAAUUCCGUCUUUGUGGUGCUUUUACUGAAGAUACUGUAUAUUUUUAA